AUGACAGAAAACUCCGACGAGUCGCUCGGACCCGCUCGGACACACCCUCGCCUCGAUCCCUUUCAUCCGCCCUACGGCGGGAGCACUGGCGACUCGGCGGAGGACUACUCCGCCGCGGCCACCGUCGUCCGCUUCGACCCGCCGCUCCCCCUCCUCCGCGCGCCCGUCCCCUCCGCUGCUACCGGCGAGCCCCCCAUCCUCGCCUUCCGUGACGCCACCAGCUGGCGAGCCGCCUGGGACGCCGCCGAAGCCAGCCUCAUCUUGCAGUGCGAGGCUGGUGCACGAUCAGGAUGCUCAAUCACUGCAUCACGCAAAUGCAAGCCCCCUUGGUGGAAAGGCUUAUUUGGAGCUGCCCCGACUGAUUAUGAAGAAAGAGAGAGAUGUGAAGAGCAAGAGAUGAAUGCUUGUCUCGAGGCAGCCAAGGAGGCUUGCAUUAAGUUUGCAAAGGGAAAAUGUAUUGGACCAUUCCGAGAUGCAAGGAUCGCCUCUGGGGGUCUCCUGGAAAACACAGAUUUCGAUGUCUGGGGUGCAGGUGACAAAACAUCAUUAGCAUCAUCAUGUGCUCUGAACAAUCAGCAGUCUUUAAACCCUGAUCACAGUGUGACAAACUACCGAGGAAGUGACUUGCUAGACAGAUUGUCAACUAAAGACAAUGAUAAGGCUUGAUGAUUACCAUGACAACGAUAACACUUGAUGGCUACCCUGCAACACUGGUGAAGACAUCAUGAUGAGAUUCAGAGUUGAAGCAAUAAUCAAAUAACGGCGUACCAAAAGUCUGAGGCUGGUGGUUUCGUGCCAAACUGAAGUUGGUUCAGUGGCUAGAGAUGGUGAAAAACUAACUUCUGAGAAUGGUUGCAGAAAGACAAGAGAAGAUUCCGGUUAUGAGGGCCCAGAGGAAGUGCAGUAACCAUGGAGCGGUAUCAAGACUUUAUUGUGCAUGUUGACCUAUUAUAAUUCGAGUUGGGGCUCAGGGCAACACUGAAUCAGGCAUACCGUCAUACCGUUCCUCAGUACGUCAAUUGCCAGAAAACACAAUUAACUUUUCUAGAAGCAAAUAGGUUUCUGAGUUUAUUUAUGCAGUUUCUCUUAUCUUCAAGAUCAAUUUCUUCUUCUGUGGUAUUAGCCAAGUCUACUGGAAGAUCUGUGAAGCAAUCUGGUCUUUUUGGGAUACUAGCCAAGUUUACUCAGAAGAUUUGUGAAGCAGUUUAUCCGUUUGGGGCAGUCGCCAAAGUAUUCUUGAAGAUCUGUGAAGAUCCGCUUUUUUGGCGAGUGAUGUGCCCAAAUGAAGUGAAUCGAUUGCUUCCAUAUUCGAUUUGUAGCAGCACCCACUUGUGUAAUAACUGGCGAUGUGAGAAUGUUGCUCCUUAAUUUAAGGAGCGCAUUCCUUCUUUUUUAAGAGUACCUUGCUGCCUUGUACUGGCAGUUGUGCAUCAUCUUUAUGCCUAUGGCCAACAUGUUUGUUGUUUGGGUUGC